CAGGCAGCAGUGGCUGUGAUUGACAUCUGAGCCGUCUAAAGCCUCAGUAACGACACGGCGCCCAGAUUAAACACAAUCUGCUGCCUCCGGAACAAGCAGUCUAAGGAUUUAUACACACUGCAGGAUUUUAACGGACUUGUUUUCAGAAGGAGCAACAGUUGGAGACCACUGAGGAUCACCGGCGCCAGGCUCGCUCCUCAAGGACAUCCCAGCACAGAGACCUAGAAAGCCUCACUGUUACCUCACUCAGGAAAUCCACUCUGUUCAGCGGCUUUAGGAAGAAGAGCCCGUGGAGCACUGCAGAGUCACAGGAAAUGUUUUUGUUUGAACAUACAGCGAGUUAUUAUAAUCAUAACUAAAAUACUUUUAUCUGCAGAUUCAGAUCUCUGCUAACACAUUUUCUAAACUCAGAAGAAGAAGUCAGAUAGGGAGGCGGACGCCGCAGAAAUAGCGUCCAUCAUGGAAACGACCAAAAAGUUUCAGUUACAGAAUCAGAUUUUUGUCUGUAGUUUAUUAAAAAAACUCUUCUUUGAGAACGUAAUCCUUAUUUCCUAUGAUGAAGAAAGUAAAAAAGCAACAUUUAGAGUUUCUCAGAAUAAACAGUGUUAACCACGAGUUGAUUUUAGCGGCGCAGACUGAUUCCACCUACUGAUGCUGACCAGACUCAAUAGUAAGAUGGGUGAAGAAGCUGAUGAUCUCAGGAGAUAUUUAGAACAUCUGGGAGCUGAAGCGAGAAACCCCCUUAUGGGAUUGAAGCUAAGGUUUCAGAACAAGCUGAUGUUAGAAUCUAACCUGUACUUACUUUAGUUUGGCCUGCUUCAUCAUGUGAUCUAGUAAAACAAACAGUUAAAAGGUUCAUUUUAACUUUGGAAAAAGUGUUGAAUUCCCGAAGUAAAAGCCUAAUUUUACUUGUGCGUCUGCUUGGGUGUGGAGAAGCUAAACGCAGUAGCUCUGUUUUAUCCCACCUGCAUUACCCUGACUACUCUCAUUCAUCACUAUCAGUCGGUGUGAGUUAGCGUGUCAGCCAUGCUUGUGAGCGACCUGUGAACCUGACAGAACUCUCCUCUAAAGUCCAGCAGCUGCCCGCUGAUCCCAGGGUCGGAGUUUGAUUCGUGUCCAACAGAACCAGGUCAUGCCUCCCGCUCCUUCCACUGGUACGCUCUUCACUCCCAGCUGGACGAUGCUCUAGCAGCCUGACAGCUAGUCAACAUGAUGGCCUCAGUGGUUGUCGGGGGCAACCGCAGGAAGUCCCUCACACUGAGAGGAGUGGACCCGGAGACCUGCAUGAUCGUGUUUAAGAACCACUGGGUCCAGGUGGUGAAGAUUUUGGAGAAACACGAGCCGAGUCGCAGCACCUCCAGAGCUCUGAGCUUCCUCUCAGGUCACCAGAACAGCAGCAGCUCUGGAGCGCUACGGCUUGGCCCGAUCCCCGCCGACGAGGCCAGCGCCGUCCAGAACUACGUCGAACACAUGCUGUUCCUGCUGAUGGAGGAGGAGGCGGGGCUUGGAGGAGCCAUGGGGCCCAUCCUGGAGUUGGUGGUUCUGGAGGGCGUGAUGGAGAGACUUUUCCUGUGGAGUCUGAGGAGACAGUUCACUGAGGACAUGAAGCUGGAGCAGCUGAGGAUGUACCAGAUGCUCUUGUCUCAGGCUAAGCAGCCUCUGCUGCACCAUAAGCCCGUUCUCCGCCCGCUCAUGAUGCUGCUCACCUCAUGUGCUGGAGCUGCAACUGACACUGGCGGGGUGGUGGAGGCGGAGCUUGUCCAGUUGUUGAACCAGCUGUGUGCGGUUCUGGUCAGGGACCCGUCAGUACUGGAGCUGUUCUUCCACAGCAGCCAGGACCAGGGAGCCGCUAACUUCCUCCUCUUCUCCCUGCUCAUCCCAUACACUCACAGGCAGGGACAGGUGGGACAACAGGCCAGAGAUGCUCUGCUGCUCAUCAUGUCUCUGUCAGCCUCCGAGCCUCGAGUAGCUCAGCACAUCGCCGAGAACACCUACUUCUGUCCCGUGCUGGCCACAGGUCUGUCAGGUCUAUACUCGUCUCUCCCAGCCAGGCUGCAGGUGUACAGCGAGGACUGGCACCGCCUGGACCCGGCCGACUGGCAGCAGGUUCCAGCUCUGGUUCAUUUUCUGCAUUCACUGGACUUCUGUGGUGCUGUUAUCAAGGUCGCCCAUCCCUCCAUCCGAUCCCAGCUGCUGAGCUACAUCUACAACGGCUUCCUGGUUCCUGUCCUUGCUCCCGCGUUACACAAGCUGACUGUGGAGGAGGUGAUGACCACCACAGCCUACCUGGAUCUGUUCCUGCGCUCCAUCUCUGAGCCCGCCCUCCUCCAGACUUUCCUGUCCUUCAUCCUGCUGCACAGACAUGACAACGUCCACAUCCUGGACACACUGGUCAGCAGGGUCAACACACCUUUCCAGCUGGGGACGGUGUCUCUGGCUCUGUUCGGGACUCUCAUUGGACUCUUCUGUGAAGACGUCAUGCUGCAGCUGGUGUUCAGGUACCUGAUUCCCUGCCGCCACCUGAGCCAGAGUCGCUGCUCCUCCCUAAAACAGAGGGACCGUUCCUCCAUCUGCACCUUCUCCUCCGCCUCCUUCCUGUUCCUCAUGCCUUCCUGGUGCCCGGCACGCCUCCACAACACAAACACACACUCAGAGCACAUCCACUGGCCCAAAGGAGCAGACCUAUCAGUAUCAGACAGUGUGGGUUACUGUCGUGGUUUGGAAUUCCUGAUGGAUGUUAACUACCUUCAUUACCUGUGGGAUGCCCGCCAGGCCGUCUCCACCUCCCACAGGGCGUGUUUGUUUUGGUCUGCACCUUACGACGGCAUCGACCCUCCUCCUCAAGAGUAUCGACCUGACACACCAGGAGACCUCACAGAUGAUGAGGAAGAGCUCAUAGAGAGACUUAAGAGGGACUCCAUCUGUUCAUUGGUUGUCCAUCCUCCCCCUUCCUUUCUGUCCCCAACACCGUCCUCCACAGACACCGUCUCCACGUGCAACCAGGCAGGAAGGGUCAGCUCUGCCAUGGAGCUGGAGUGGGAUGACAUUUUUGGAGACGAGGAUCGGUCUUCACCUGCAGUUUGCAGCAUGGCGAAUGGCUACGUGGAGUCUGACAGAUGUGCUUUUUCACCCAUGCCAGCGAUGCUACCUCCUAGACACAUCCAGGAAAUGAGGCGCAUGGCGACCAAGCUGGUGCACGGCUCAUACGCGGAGGAGUUAGAGUUUCAGGAUGACGUCAUGGUCUAUGAUCUUGUUGCCCAAAAAGACACAAAAGCAGCUAUUAUCGAACGGAUGAAGGCAGCGAAUCGACAGCCCAGUGACAGUUUGUCCAAAGGUCAACUCAUUUCAACAGCAGCAAUGCUGUCAUCCACUGUUUCAACAGUGUUAACAGCAACAGGGAAGACGGUGAUGGACACGGUUAAUAACAUCAUGUCCACUCGGAGGAGGAGUGAUGAUGGAGGGAAAGAGGAGAGAAGGAAGAGUGAAGACUUUGACAGGACCACAGGGAGGAGGUGUGAGGGUUUGUGGAAAGAGCUGGGCAGAACAAAGGUGGCGGGAGAAGAGGAGAUAAGGAAAACAGUUGGACACGGAGAUACGUAUGUCCUCACCAGCGAGUUUGAUGUAAAGAAUCACAUCAUCAGCGAAUCUGAUGGGAAAAUCGAGUCAGUAAAGAGAACCUAUAACCAGAAUGAAGACGAUAACGAUCAUCAGAUACAUCCGAAGACAUCUCUGCAUCCAUGUCUAGAAGCAAACUCCUCACCAAACGGCCAUUUUCCAUUAGAACCAGGAGAACUUAGUGUGGUCACUUCAAACGGCCAGUCUACGGUGCUGCCUCCAAUCAAGGUCACCAACGACGAUGACUUUGUGUCUCAAUACUGUAAGCUCAUGCUCUCUCUAGGGGUGGAGCCAGACUGUGAUGACAUCACAGAUAACAUCAGCACAUUCAGGAGGCGUGUCCGAGCACUGAGGCAGAAGCUUGAAGAGGAGGAGUUCAGUUUUAGCUCCUCCUGGGACGAAGGAGAGCAACAGGCCAUGGAAGAGGACGAGGAAGACGAGGAGAGGGGGAGCACAGGGAAGGAAUGUAGCGGGGAGGUUCCAUUUACAGGCCCGUUUAUCAGUGUCCUGUUGUCCCGACUCGAGAACCUUCUGGAAAACUCCAUAGCUGUCAAUCUGCUGGUGACAGGCAUCUUGGCUCAGCUGGCAUCAUACCCACAACCUCUCCUUAGAUCCUUCCUGCUCAGUACAGAUACAAAUCAGCAGCCCGGCGUACGAACCCUAUACCAGGUGUUGGUUUUCGUGCACGCUCAGAUUGAGCGCUUCAUGGAGGACCGACCAGAUUAUCCUGCCCUCAUCACCCAGGCCUGGAGGUUCUUGUUGGCUAAAGACCAAGACGGCAAAUUUAGAGAGUCUCUGCAGUCUCAUGGCGGGGACAUCAUCCUGGAUCCAUCUUUAGUAAACGGCUCGGUGAAGAAUGCCCUGCCUUUACCUCCUCUAAGCGUGCUUCCUCCCUGUCCUGCGAUUCCCCCUCAGGCCAAGAGCCGAGUGUUCGCCAUCAUUCUCUACUCGGAGUUCCUGAAGGAGCUCGCAGCCCUUGCCCAGGAGCAGAGCGUGGCACUAGACGGUGGCUGGGAGGAAUAACUGAUGUUCCCAGGAGACCGUGCGCUUUCUACAAACUCCAAUAAAGAAGUUGAUUAAGCUUCACACAUAAAGAUAAACUAUUUCCUACUGUAGAGUAUUGUUUGUAUCUGUAAAUCUGUGUAAAUAUUCCUGGCAACGCUUGAAAAUCCCUCCAUGGGUGAAAAUGAUUGUUUAUUAAAUGUCUUGCAAGAAUAUUUUGAUAAUCAUUUGUGAGAAAUACUUUUCUAUAACUUAUUUAAUUUUGCACUAAUUUAUUUAAAAAAACUAUUGAACAUUUAGUCAAAAAUGCAGAAAACAGUAUAUUUCUACAGCUGGCAAAACCUUCCUAAUCAGUUUGGAAAACACGCAGAAACAACAUGAAAACUGACCCUAUUUACACAGAGAAGUACUAUUUUAAAAAGAUGCCACAUCUAGAGCCAGAUUUCAGAACUUGUAUUUAACUUUUACACCAAUGAUGGAUUUCUGCAUCUGUGAAGUAAAAAUGUAUAUUAGUAUUUAAAAACACCAUACUGUGUUUGAGUCUACUUUUAAUGCAUGAUUAGCUAGAAGGGUAUGCUGUGAAUGGAUGAGUCUCUCUCUCUCUCUCUCUCUCUCUCUCUAGUCAUGGUGGAUGGCUGCUUAUACUGAGCCAGGAUCCUCUGGAGUUUUCCUCUCCACUGUCGCUACAUGCUUGCUUAGUAUGAGGAUCGCUGCAAAGACCCUGACUCUAGUCAGUGACUUGAUGCAAUCUGCUGGGUUCCUUAUAUAGGAAACUUUUUUACUGAUUGGCUUAAUAAACUGACCUGUACUGGAA